AUGAGCAAAGUGCUCCCUCUCCGUCACCUCUAUCUCGCCAUUCCCCGUCACCUUCUUGUUCGCCCUCCUUACCAACCGCCUCAGCCCUUGAUUCACAGCGACCCCACCCAACCGAUGCUCGCCUUCCUCGUCCCUCUCUCUCUUUCCCCCCUCCCCCCUCUGCCCACCCCCCGUGCCGCGCCCCGUCCCCCGCGCCGCUUGAUCCCGCAAGCCACCGCCGUUACCCCUUCCACCAGCCCUGCCCCCUCCCCCGCCGCCCCCCUCUUCAACUGGUACGACCAAUGGUACCCUCUCGCCCCCCUCUCCGACCUCUGCCCUACCCCCACGCGCAUCGUCCUGCUUUCCACCCCCCUCGUCGUGUGGCGAGCGGCCGCGGCCUGGUCUGUCUUCCAUGACCGCUGCCCGCAUCGCCUAGCCGCCCUCUCCGAAGGCCGCCUUGCCGAAGACGGCACGCUCGAGUGCGCCUACCACGGCUGGCGCUUCUCCCCCUCCGGCGCGUGCGCGCGCAUCCCGCAGCUCGGUCCGGUCCGGUCGCCCCGCGCGUGCGCGAAAGCCCUGCCCGUGCUCGAGCGCGGAGGCCUGCUGUUCGUGUGGAUGGGCGCGCGUGCGCCGCGCGUAGACGAGACCCCGCACUCGCUCGAGGGCGAUGCCCGCGCACGCUUCGUGCACAGCUGCUUCCAACGCACCCUCCCGCUCUGCUUCUCCACCCUCCUGCAGAACGUCCUCGACCCCGCGCAUAUCCACUUCGCGCACCACGGCUUUCUGGGCGAUCGCGCGCAGGCCGCCCCGAUCCCCAUCCGCGUCCUGUCGUCCUCCGCCGCUGGCUUCACGGCCGACUACGACGCCGGCAACGUCCGCCUGCGCUUCCUGCCGCCGUGUCUGGUUGAGAUCGUCACGUCGACGGGGCAAUCCUUCCUGUACUAUGCCGUCCCCGUGCGCGCGGGCCUGGUGCGCACCAUUGCCAUCCGCGCCUCUGCGCGCCGCGUGCUCUUCCGCGCCCCGGCCUGGGCUGACCACAUGCGGCGCAACUUGCUACUCGAGCAGGACCUGCAGCUCAUGCGCACGCAGCAAGAGGCCAUGCGCACCGACGCCGAAAGCGAAGGGCGUCGCGACUACUCGCGCGCGUGGGGCGCGUACCAAAUGCCGGCGAGCGCGGACCGCCUUGUGGUGGAAAUGCGUCGCUGGCUGGAGAACCACGCGCCCGAGGGGGAGGAGUGGUUCGCGUUUGGCGAGGGCGAGGUGGAGGAGGCGGGCAUGCGGAUGGAGGGGCAUGUCAAGACUUGCGCUGUGUGUGCGCGCGCGCUCAAGUCGCUAGACGCCGCCACCGUCGCCGCCAAGGGUGUGGCCGCGGGCGCGGCGGUCGUCAGCGUGUUGGCCCCGGAGCAUGCGCAGCGCGUGGCUUGCCUCGUGCCGACGGUGAUUGCGGCGGCCGUUUGGGCUGCGUGCGCCCGUCUCCGCCGCGGGUUUGAAUAG